UUUAGUUUCAGAAUAUUUUAUCUACCCCCCCCCCCUUCCCAUCUACUAAACGUUGCCAAAUAUUAAAAAGAUUAACUGUUCUGAACAAUGCUGUGAUAAGGAAGUUAGACUAUGUUUCAGCCCUGGGUAUUAAUUAUAUAUAUACACGGUCCACCUUCCUUCAAUUAUUAGAUUGUAAUAAAAUUUGAUUGUUUUCAGAUAUUAUGCUGGUAGACAAUGACCUGUUCCUGUCCAAGUUGACCCUCAUGUUUGAUAAGUCCCGGUCUAAAGGUCAUGUUGAUCUUUGUAUGAAAAGAUAUGACGGACGAACCAAACCUAUCCCGAAACCUAGAAAAAACGUGAAACAGAAAGGGAAGAAAUUAUUUCUGAGUAAACUACCUCCGGCUGCUGAACCCCAUCCCGAGCCUGCUGAAUACAUGUGUCUUAUCAGAGCUGUUCUUGGAAAAGAGAAGAUUAGUACAGUGAUCAAUGCCAAGGAUGUAAACAAGUUCCAGGUCAAUUAAAUCAAUCAAUCGAAUCAAAA